AUGCCGCGCGGCGCGCGACGCGCGGCGACGCCGACGCGCGCGACGCUCGUCGUCCUCGUCGUCGCGGUCGCGCUCGCGGCGCGCGCGAGCGACGGCGCGCUCGUGCGCGCGCGAACGGCGCGCGCGAAGAGCGCGCGGGCGAACGAUCGAGGCGACGCGUUCGAGACGACGUACGACGCGCGCGCGAUGGACGACGGCGUCGUCGCGGUCGUCGGCGCGCGCGACGGCGAUCGGACGCGCGAUCGAGGGGUCGGCGCGCGCGCGAGGACGUCGGCGGCGAUCGGGACGCGCGACGAGGACGAGGAGGACGACGAGGCCGAGCUCGCGCUCGUUCGACGAGGACGGUUCGGCGACGAUGGGGACGCGCGAAGGGACGCGCUGCGACGGGUGCGCGGCGAGGGCGAUGGGAAGCGUCGCGGGACGUUCGCGCCGAACGCGCGGGUGAGGGCGGACGCGGUGCGGCGGGCGAUCGAGGAGAGCGACGGGGCGCGGCGCGUCUUCGCGUCGGUCGAGUGCGAGGAUGAGCUGGCGAGCGUCGAUGGGAUGGAGACGAUCGUGUACGCGCGUGAUCCGUUGCGCGCGUACUUGGACGCGCGCGAGGGCGCCGCGGGAGGGAGGCUGCGAGCGGUGGUGGCGACGUGCGGGGACGACGCGCGAGGCGCGGGCGAGGCGUUCGCGAACGAUUUGGAGACGGUCGAGCGCGAGGGUAUCGCCGCCGUAGGCGUGUUUUAUGAAUCAGCCGGUGCGAGCGCGCUCGAGUGCGGUGAGGUCGAGGACGGCGCCACGGGGCGCGCGCUGCUGGCGCUGGAGCAAUCGGAGGCGCCCGAGUGCGGCGCGCUGUGCGAGACGCAGGCGCAGCUCGUGAUGGGGGUGAUCAUCUUCUGGGGCCUUCUCAUCACUUUGAUGUACGGCUGGGGAUUGAUGACUGAUUUGGACACCCCGCAGUACUGGGCGACGCCCGAUGAGCACGAUAAGCAGGACUAG